AUGGGUUAAGCAAAUUCAUAAAAUUUACAAUAAUCAAAAAUGGAUGUUCCUAAGAUCAGUUAGCUAUAAUUUUGGAAGUAAUCUACAGAUAUUCGAUAUGGAGAAAUUAGAAUAUUCAAGACUUAAGAUCAACAUGCUGUAGCUGUUAAAGAUCAUAUUUUUUAAGAUGAUGAAUAAUGGAAUUAAUUCAAAAUAAUAUAAGAAAAAUAAAUGGGAAAUGUAAUUUUUCAUAAUAAAUUAAAUAUAGAAAUAGAGCACUCCUUUCUUAAUUUAAAUGAUUGAUUUAUAACAUGUUACAGAAAAGGAACUCUGCACUUAAUUAACUUAAGCUCAUAGUGUCUAUGAAUAUUUUGAUGAAUAUUUAGAAAGAGUUAUAAAUGAAUUAGCUGAAACUAAAUAAUAUUUUGAAGAAAUUGAAAUAGUUGCUAUGUUACAUUGUACAGUAAUAAACUGAAAUCUAAAAUUAGUUAAUGGCAUUAUAAAGAUUGAAUGAUCAAUAGAAAUAACAUGGUGACAUUAGACCUUUGACUAUAAGUAUGACAUCUUUUGCAAAAAGGAGUUAAUUUCGUUAGAAUCAUCCAUUUCCAGUUUUUAAAUUAACUGACAUCUAAGAAAUGACAGAAAUGAAUUCUUAUAGAAGAUGCAUAGCUAAAUAAUAAGGUUAGUAUAAUUUAAGUCCUGAAUAAUUAUCUUCACUUAAACAGAAAGUAUUAAGACCAAAUAUUGAUUAAAAUAAAUCAGAUGUAUUUUGUAUUGGAUUAACGGCAUUAUAAAUGGCAACUUUAAGUUUUAUUUAGGACAUUUAUGAUAUUCAAUCUUAUACUUUUAAUAUGGAAAAAUUAGAUGAUCAUCUAUUUUUUCUGAAAUCUUAAUAUAGUUCUGAUUUAUAUGAAAUAGUUGAAUCUUUACUUGUUAUGGCUCCUGAUAAUAGGCCUAAUCCAAAACAAGCUCAUGAAUUAUUACAUAGAUAUAGAUUUUAAUUAGAAGAUUAUUUUAGAGUAAUAAUAUAAAAUUUACAUAUAUUAGUUCUCUUCUAUUUCUGAAUUCAUACCAAAUUAUUCAAUUGAUUUCAGAGAAUAGAGUAAUGGAUAUGGUAUUUAAAAAUAAAGAGUUGUUGAUCAAUAAUUACAUGCAUCAUAAAAUUAAGAUCCUAAUAAUUUAUAUCAUUAAGUUGAGGAUCUCGAUUAAAGAGCUAAAAUAGCUUUAAAAAGAAGUUAGGAUGCUUAAAUAAGAUUCUAAAAAUCCCCUACAAAAAAAUUGAAAGUUCCUCUUCCUAAUUGGGAACCAACUAAAAGUUUACAAUAAUACUAGAAUUUACAACCAAUUACUUUAUAAGAAAUUCUACCUUUAUAAAAUAAAUAAAUGAAUAUUUAAAGUGAUUAAAUUAUUAUAUAGGAUCCUCCUUCUAAUAGACAAUCUUUCUUUAAAAAAUUAACUAACCCCUAAUAAUAUUAAUAAUAGAAUUACAAUGAACAUGAAUAAAUCAUCCAUAAUGAUGAUGAAUAUGCUUAUAAUCAUUAAGAAAUUGAUGAAUAACCAAAAUAAAGUUUAGUUGAAUAAGUUGAAUUAACAAAUUCUAAUUUAAAAACUUUAUAAUAAAAACCUAUUACAAAUUAAUAUGAUAAUAACUAAUUUUAAUAAUAAUCAUUAUUUCAAUCAAUUAACACUGAUUAAAAGAAGUUUCCUUAAUAUUAAUAAUAAUAAUAAUAAUAAUAAUAAUAAUAAUAAUAAUAAUAAUAAUAAUAAUAAUAAUAAUAAUAAUAAUAAUAAUAAUAAAUACAAUAACAAAGUUAUUCUUAAUAUUAAUAAUAAUCAUAUCAAUAUUCAAAUCAAGUUUAAUCAAAACAAUUAUAAAAUAUUGAAUAGUAAUCAUAAGCUAGAUCAUCAACUUAUAAUUAUCCAUCAAAUUAAAUUAAUGAAAGCAUGAAUGAUCAUCAAAGAUCUCCUUAUGCUUUAUAAUAAAGAUAGUCUUUAGCAUUAUCUUAAGAUAAAGUGAUUACAUAAUAAUUAACAGGAUAAUAAGUUGAGCAAACUCUUUAAAAUAGGUAAUCUAUUCGUCAAGAUUCAUUUGGAGUAGGAUCUUAAAGACCAUAAUAACCAUUAGUAGUUCCAAAAUCUCCAGAAAUAGAACCUAAAAAUAUUUUCCCUUAAUUUGAAUAAGAAAAAUAACCUUAAUAGAAUUAAAGAUCUCCAAUUUAACCACUUGAAAGGAUUGAUGAUGAAGAACAAGAGCCAAAUUAUAAUCCACAUUUAACAGAAUUAAAUGACUCUUAAUAAGCAAUAUCAAUAUAGAGUAAACCAUAAAGUAUGAGGGGCACAAUGGUAGGUAGUUAAACUCAAUUAAAGGUUCCUCCCUCUGCUGUAUCAAGAUAAUAACGUCCAACAAUAUAAAAAUAGCCAACUACUUCAUAGAAAAAUAUUUAUAAUCUUUCAUAAAAGAAAAGCAGUAAAAUAAUAAAAAAAUGA